UGGAACAACCCACUCACUGGAAACUAAAGGCGUGCUGGUCCGCAUCAUUGACUACUCUCUCUCCAGACUAGAAAUCGAUGAACUGACAGUGUCCUGCGAUAUCUCAAAGGAUGAGCAACUUUUCAUGGGCCAGGGAGAUUACCAAUUUGAGAUCUACAGACUGAUGAGAAAGGAGAAUGGAAACAACUGGAGCGAAUACCACCCCCAUUCCAAUGUGCUCUGGCUCCACUACCUGUGCUCCAAGCUGCUUUCAAUGAAGUACCGGGGUCUAAGACGGAGGGGCACCAAGGACGUGCGAGAGGAGCUCACACGUUUCUAUGACAACAUUCUCGAAUGCAGCUCAGCCACCGAGGCACUGCAAAACUGUGCAAUGUUUCACUAGUGUGUCACUGCAAACAUGGAGUGUGAGGAGGCUGUUUUUAGUGUGAAGAAGGUUCAGUGUAGAGCAUCUCAAGUCUGCCAGUCACCCUGCAUGACCUGAUACAUAAACAUGGUUAUUGAUCCCCUUGUAGUGCAGCAGCAGAGAUGGAGGGCACUUAAUGUACAGUGACUGUGUACAGAUCUGUGAUGUGACACAGAGGUUGUUGAAAUGAUCAUGUAAAACUUGUGUAUUUGUGUGUUGUUAAUGCAGCUUAUGCCUGUUCUUGCAUUGGCUGCAUUUUAGUUCAUUUGUAUGCAUCCUAAGUAUACAGAAAAAAUACAAAUAAAUACUCAUUCGAUUUUUUAAUGCCUCUAUAAAAUGGUGUUGGUUUCACUCUUAAUCCAGUAAUCCAUUAGUUGAUUGAUAGAAAAUUAAAGCUGUUCAAUUGUCAAUUCCUUCGUAUAUUAAAAAUGUCACAUAUUCUGUGGCUGCAAAUUCUCAGAUGUGAUGAUUUAUUGGUUUGCUCAGUUUUACACAGUAUCUUUGUCUGAAUAUCUUUGGUCUUUCUACUGGUCGAAUGAGGCAUUUGAAGACUUCACCACGGGCC